AUGGCGAGGGCAACUAACGACGCAGCUGCACAGAUAGCAGCGGCGAUCUGCCAUCGAGACAACAGGUUUCCGGCGGCGACAGUUUUACGAGUGGGAGCCCUUCAUGGGCAGUUUCCGGGCUCGGAGGAAGCUGUUGUCACAGCGGCUGCGAAGGCGACGUCGCAGCAGCGACGAGCAGAAACGCAGAGCGCCGGAGAGGAAGCAGCAGCGGGUAUAAUGUCUCCACAGUUGUCUUCAUUGCUGUUUCUCGUGGUUGGGAUAUCAAUGGCCCUAACUCCUUGGUUGGCUGCUGGAGGACAAUUUAUAGCCUCUCGCUUUGAGCAGCAUGAUGUUCGAAGUCUAUUGCCCGCUGAAAGUGAGACUGAUGACUUGCAAGAUCAUAUUAUUUUAUGUGGUUUCGGACGAGUCGGCGAGAUUAUCGCCCAGCUUCUUUCAGAACGGUUGAUUCCAUUUGUUGCACUUGAUGUCAAUGGCGAUCGAGUUGCAUAUGGACGCGCACUUGACCUUCCUGUUUACUUUGGUGAUGCCGGUAGUCGAGAGGUCCUCCAUAAAAUUGGUGCUGAAAGAGCAUGUGCUGCAGCAAUAACCUUAGACAGUCCAGGAGCAAAUUAUAGAACUGUUUGGGCUUUGAGCAAGUAUUUUCCCAACGUUAAAACAUUCGUCCGUGCUCAUGACGUCAAUCAUGGAGUCAACUUGGAAAAAGCUGGUGCAACAGCGGUUGUUCCUGAGACGUUGGAACCUAGUUUGCAGUUAGCAGCUGCUGUUCUUGCACAAGCAAAAUUGCCAGCCUCGGAGAUAGCAGCUACUAUUGAUGAGUUUAGAUCCCACCACCUGUCCGAGCUUACAGAGCUUUGUGAAGCCAGUGGCAGCUCUCUUGGUUAUGGAUUUUCCAAAACAAUGAGCAAACCUAAAUCUCAGCCCUCUGACUCUUCAGACGACAGCCAAAUCUCUGAAGGGUCAAUACCAAUAUAAGGGGGUUUCUUACGUUUCCUCCACAAGGUAAAAAAAUGCAAUUUUUACCCAUGAUGUGUAAAUUUAUAAAGCAACCACCCACCAAAUCGAAUCAGAAAUACUCAUCAAAAUACAAGUUUUCACCAACCAAUGAAUUACAUCAUUGCAUUUGAGUAUAAGGAGUUCAUGAUUAUCA